CCCGGAGCCCCCCACCUUGCUUCCAGGGACCCCCUAGAAUCUCCGGAGCCCCCCCACCUUGCUUCCAGGGACCGCCUAGAAUCCCCGGAACCUUGCCUCCAGGGACCCCCUAGAAUCUCCGGAGCCCCACGCGCCCAUUAGAACCUUUCAGGACGACCCCAGGGCCCCCCACAUGCCCUUCCGAGAUCUUCUAUGACCCUCGGAGGGGGCCCACCUACACCCACCGCGGGUGGCGGGUGGCGGGUCCCGGGUCCCACUGGCCGAGCACCAGUGUGCGUGACGCCGCGGCGGCCACACCGGUUUGCUGUUUCGCCUGGACUCGGCCCGCCCCUCUCGGGAGUCCCGCGUGGGGGAGAGGCGGGCGCCAGGCCCGCAGUCCGCCGCCCUGUGCCCGCGCGCCUUGCGCCAAGCACACCGGUAAUAGCCGUGGGGAAGACUUCAUCCUCAGCAUUCGGCCUCAGUUUGCACGGAAGUCAUUGCGUCUAAGGACUGAUGCGGAUCCAGCAGAGGAAACACAAGAAUAGAAGAGGCUUGUGAAAUGUAUACUAGAGCUGCGAACAUGUUCAAGAUGGCCAAGAACUGGAGUGCUGCAGGAAAUGCAUUCUGUCAAGCCGCCAAGCUCCACAUGCAGCUGCAGAGCAAACACGACUCAGCCACCAGCUUUGUGGACGCCGGGAACGCCUACAAGAAGGCAGACCCCCAAGAGGCUAUCAACUGCUUAAAUGCAGCCAUCGACAUUUACACAGACAUGGGAAGGUUCACGAUUGCGGCCAAGCACCACAUCACAAUCGCAGAGAUCUACGAGACCGAGCUAGUGGACAUUGAGAAGGCUAUCGCCCAUUACGAACAAUCAGCCGAUUAUUACAAGGGGGAGGAAUCUAACAGCUCGGCUAACAAGUGUUUGCUGAAAGUGGCCGCGUAUGCCGCCCAGUUGGAGCAGUACCAGAAGGCCAUCGAGAUCUUCGAGCAGAUUGGGGCCAACACCAUGGAUAACCCUCUGUUGAAGUACAGUGCAAAGGAUUACUUCUUUAAAGCCGCCCUCUGCCACUUCAUAGUGGAUGAGCUGAACGCCAAGCUUGCUCUUGAGAAAUACGAGGAAAUGUUUCCAGCAUUCACUGACUCUAGAGAAUGCAAAUUACUGAAAAAACUUCUAGAAGCUCAUGAAGAACAGAACAGUGAAGCUUACACAGAAGCAGUGAAGGAGUUUGACUCCAUCUCCCGCCUGGACCAGUGGCUCACCACCAUGCUGCUGCGCAUCAAGAAAUCCAUCCAGGGGGAUGGGGAGGGGGACGGAGACCUCAAGUGAGGCGCAGUGUCCCUGCGGCAUGCCGCCGAGUCCUUGUUCAUUUCGCGUUAGGGCCAGUGAUCAUUGUGGGAUGCCCAUUCAACGGCUUCAUUUCGUUGCACGUGAGCCUGACGAUGUAUGUGUGUGUGUGUGUUUAAGCCACUGCGUGUGUCACCGUGCUGUGGGCGGGUGGGCCGCUUCUGUGCGUAUUGUGAGUGUGUAAUGGGCUGCCUCCCGCUUGUCAGAGUCCCCAGAGUUUUCCAAGAACUGCUUCAGAAUCUUCCUCCUGUUAUUUCAGUAUGUGCAGAGCUCAUGUUUCAUUUUGACACAUGUUUUUAUGUCCCUUUUCCUGGACUUGUGUGCCCAACCCAGUUGUUCUAAUAGAUGCUUUGCAUGUUCUCUGUGAACUUGCACCUUGGUGGAUUCUCUAAACGUGUGUGUUUAGUGUAGGAUGGUUGUUUGGAAUGCAUUUAUGGCUUUCCUCAUUAGAAUUAUUUAUCCUUUUUGUUAUCUCGUGAUUCUUUUGACAGUGCCAUGACCCGUUUCCCUGCUCUUGUGCAUUGUUCUGUAGCUGAUGUGCAUGUGAGAAUUCAGGUCAGCCAGGCCUGCUGGCUGCUUGCAGUGGGGAUGAGGGAGCUUCCUGACACGGCCCGCUGACGUGUGUGGCCGUGUGGAGCUGAACCUGAGCUCAUAAGUGCACUGUGCGUGAGAUCUAGGAGAGACAGGUGUCUUCCUUUCUUGGAGGGAGUGUCCACUUCUAGUUGGGGCAGGACCCUUGCUUCACCUUCACAGAAAGGUAUUUGAACUGGCAUAUCCCUUUCAUGUUCACACACUUUCCCACGUUGAGAGGGCACCCCGUGUGCCCCCUUGUGUACAUCCUCACCAGAGCCAGGAGGUUAUUUCAGUCGAAGCUUGUAUGUCAUUCAUUUUCAUUUUUAAUUGUCAUUCAUUUUAUCUGUUAAUUGGACAUGAUGGGCUUGGUGGGCUGAGUACAGUACAGUUUACUGCACCAUUGGGAAAGAGUCCCAGUGAGCUGCUGAGGGGACCUGCCCUUAGCUGAUGGAUUGUUUUAUCUGGUGUAGUUGAAUUCUAUCCUAUUGUUUUGACUUAUAUAUGUGCGCUAUUGACCUAUGAACUUAAUCCCUGCCCUUUAUGUUACGUGCUAAUAACUUUGUGCUUUAGACGUGCUCUUGUUUCCUGAAUCUCUUAUAAGUGAUUUGUUUGAUGUGCAUUUAUUGCUAGAUAAUGGCAGUGUUGACAGAUAAAUGGGAUUUCCUGUCCUGUCAGAUGUUAACUGGUAUUUGAAAGGUGUUGCAUUUUUGGAUGGCCAGCAACUGGGAUUCAAAGGUGCUGUUGGGCAGAAACAGAGUGGGUCCAGGUUGAGGGCUGAGCCAGGAGAAAGGUUUGGGGAUGAGGAAUAAGUCCGACUAGGAGGGAGAAGAAAGUGGCAGAAAGGAGGCUGAGAAGGACGAGUGGAGGCCUGAUCGUGGAGCAGCCCUGUGGGCCGCCGUGAGGAUUCGGUGGCUGUAGUUGCGGGGUCAUCUGUGCGGCCUGGGCUGGUGGAGAGGUGGGGCAGUGGUGGCUCUAUCCCAGCCCACAGGGCAGUCAUGGACCAGGAGACAGGGGGUACUCUGACCUUGGACCCUGGUAUCCAGUGAGGAGUCCUUCUUUCCUUCAAAGGUCUGGGAUCCUUAAAAGAAAGCUGGCUGUUGGUUAUGGUCCAUUUUAGAACAGAGCCUGCUUGGUACUUCUUCACUUCCUAUCGGAACCUCUUAAGAAAAAAACACUUAGAGAAGUGGGGUUUUGUUGCUCUAUGUGAUUCAGUGCCCAGCCUGUCAGAAUCACGUGGGUGAGAUGAGCGUGUGUCCUCCGGCUGCAGGCCUGCCUACCUGGGGGACAGUAACCCUCCCUGCCAGCCAUGCACUUUUGUCGCUGGUCUGGAAAGUCUGCUUCCACUUAUUAAGGAAACUUGUGGUCUGACCAUGUAAAGGAAAAACCGAAUGACGUUUGUUUAUUAGAUUUUUAUCCUGAUCCCCUGACAGACCUGUCUGAAGACCUGUAGUUUUGAGAAUAUUGGCACCAUUUUCAGUCCCUGGGAUGGGAAGAUCCCCUGGAGAAAGGACAGCUGCCUACUCCAGUAUUCUGGCCUGGAGAAUUCCAUGGACUGGAUCGUCCAUGGGGUCAAAAGAGUUGGGACACGACUGAGCCACUUUCACUUUCACUUAUGUCACAUCAGAGUUGUUGUGUUGAAAUGAACACUAGGACCAGUGCCUGAAUUAAGAUGCUUUUUUUAAUAUUUCACAUGAAAAAGUAAAAAAUAAUUGUAAUGGCUAGAACAGACCACUAGAACAUAAAAGUGAGAAGAAAAAAGUCCCAGGAACAGCUCCAGGCUUCCUCCCUAGAAACAUUCCAUCAGAGUGGGCAGCACUGUGACUUCCAGCAUUUAUAAAUCGUUAUUUAUGAACAAAAUAUGAUUGUGUUGCAGUCUUUGUAUUUUAGCAAGUCAUUGUUUAGUUCAUUGUCAGAAGUUAAAAUUUCUUAUGGGAAAGCUUUUUGUGGCAAUGUUUUUCUAGCUUGUGUGAACUUCUUUUUUAUUGAAUGAUUUGGAAGCAGUGUCCUUGCAGUCGUGACCGUGUGUGACAGUGCCCCUGUAACCACAGCGUGUGUGUUUAUUGUUUCCUCUGACACCAUGUAUUUCAGAUGCCCCGAGUCAACCCCCAUGGCUUCUGCGGGGGUUCUGGGCCUCUCUUCCCCAGGGCUGUCGGGGAGGGUGUAUUAUGAAAACUCACCCUGGAUGAUAAAUCCACCUUCGCAGAGUCAGUGUAUUUUGUGUGAACCUGUACAGUAAAUAAAGUCCCAGUUAUGAGCAG